AUGCGCAGGAGGUUGUCCGGCAGGCUAUUGCUUUGUGGCACGUCGGCUGAACAUUGUGGUGGUUCAGGCUGGCAGAGUUAUGGAAAUUGUGGUGGUUCGGGAUGUGGAGCGGGCUUAUGCUGUUCAAGAUACGGCUUUUGUGGGAACACUGCUGCUCAUUGUCAAUGGUAUCGAAAAUCGUCAACCACUUAUGUACCCUCACUUGAUCGUGUUUCACAUUCUGGUUUUGCUACACUAUACAAGGUAAAUUCAGGACUUGUAUACACAGCAUGCGGUUUCAAUUAUACAGCGGAUGGUUAUGUUGCUUCAUUGAAUCACGCCCAAUAUGAUCCAUUCACCGUGAAUGGUAUUCCAAGUACAAAUCCUUCUUGCAAUAGAAAAGCAUUAGUGACCGGACCGAAUGGAACACAAAUCACCGUUAAAAUUGUAGACAGAUGUUCUGCAGAAAGAGACUGCAGCAAAGGUGAUCUUGGUUUAACAUUAUCCGCACUCAACGCUCUAGGUGGUGAUCAUACUCCUGACAUGGAACCAGUGAAAAUUGAAUGGAAGUUUGUUUAA